UGGGUGGCGGGCUGAUGACCUCCAGCGCUGGGCUCCGUAUGAUUGAUUCCUGCUGCUGACUCUGCUCCCAGUUUGCAGGAGGAGUGCUGCUGCGGCUGCUGCUGACUUCCGUAGGCGUUUGUUUCUGAGUGAACUAGUUUCGCAUACUUGCUCCUACUCCGAAUCUCUUGUCUGCCCAUCCGCAAUGGAGGAUGAGGAGGAUGUCUUUGCGGAGAAGAUUAUUGGCUUAACGUACUAUGAAUGUGUUGGGCUGAACAGCAAAAAGGAGAUGCUGUUGGCCAUCGCCAGAGGCGAAAAUGUCGAUCAGCAAGACCCAACUACAGGAGACACUGGAUUGAUUGCAGCACUCAAGACGGGCAAUCGGGAGUUUGUUACGAUGAUUUUGGAAAAGAAUCCGGAUGUGAAGAUCCAGAACCUAGCUGGUGAUUCUGCCCUUCACUGGGCUUGUUUAAAAGGUUUUGCAGAUGUAGCAGCUCACCUACUCAAAUUGGGUGCAGACAAGGAUUUGAAAGGGGAGUAUGGAAAUACUCCUCUGCACUUGGCUUGCAGUUCAAGCAGUGUUGACUGCGUCAAUCUUCUGCUCAUCGAGGGGGCUUCUGUGAAAGUCUUAAAUGAGUUUGGCAAUACUUCUCUACAAAUGGCCGCAGACAUAAAUAUCAAGAAAAAGCUUAAAGCUAUUGCAGAGACUGGUGAGAUAGCAAAGAAAGCUUUAGAAGCCGAAGAAGCUGCUAAAAGAAGAGCACAGUUGGAAGCUGCAGAAGCUGCACGGCUUGCUCAAGAGGAGAUCGAAAGAAAGAAGAAAGAGGAAGAGGCAACUAUCAAAGCCAGGCGAGAUGCGGUUGCUGCGGAAGAGAAAAGAAUUGAGGAGGAAGAUGCCAUUGCUGAAGCAGCUCGUCUUGCGGAACUUGAAAGACUGGAACAAGAAAGGCAAGAGGCAGAGAGAAUUGCCAUCGAGGAGAAGAAAAGGUUGAAGAAAGAAGCCAAAAAGAAGAAAAAGGCUGCCAAAGACGCCAAGAAAGGCGGAGGGAAAAAAGCGGGGAAAAAGAAGUGAAGAAUCAUCAUAAAAUUGUUUCAUCAAACGCUCUCCAGCCUAUUCACUAUCAAAAUUUCAUUUCUCAAAUUUAAUGAUCAACUAUUGUAAUACUGACCACUUAUCUUAUUGUAGUUUCUAGAUUACCAAAUCUUUGGGGCGGUUUGUGCAUGAGUACACCUAAUCUUGAGAACAAUGAUUUCAUUCUCCCCAUGCAUUCCGAUCUUUGUGAGCUAAGUAUGCCUUUGGUACUACUUGGACAAUGUUUUAAUUUGUAAUUUCAGAGAAUGCUGACUUUCGUCAGCUCUUUUCAAAGUUAAA